AUGCCUCCCACCACCCGGGGUGCCUCACGUCACCAGCCCAGUAGCCCUACAGCUUCAGGCUCCGAAUACCAUGAGAGCAACGCGUCCGCUCCCGCAGAAGACGAACCGAAAGUGCCAGAAGAGGAGGAGGAGGAACCCGUGGAGUUCGGAGUGUCGCAACGGGGUCGGCGAGUCCAGCGCAAAUCCUACAAAGAAUCUGCGAGCGAGGACGACCCUAUCGACAUCAUCCCCAAGAAGGGCAAGCGUCAGCUCGUGCCAGAUGACGAAGACGAGGACGAAGAGGAAGAAGCAUCGUCUCGGUACGCCCUACGGACACGCAGCAACAGGAGACGCCCCGACAUCUUGCCUGAUUUCAUCGCGAGCGACGACGAAGACGGAGAACCUCGAGCCGGGAGAUAUCCAACACGAAACAGGAACAAGAGCGCGGCCAACGGGCAGACAAACGGAGGUCGAAUCACACGACGUUCCAACGGCCGGUCGCAACCGAAAGCCUCUUCGUCUCGCGCGACGCGUUCCUCUAGACGGACGCGUUCUUCCGCCAACAACGAAGAGGACGAGGAUGGAUAUGUAGACGAACCUUCCUCUGGGUCGGCAGAUGGCGAAGGUUCUCUGGACGAAGCCCCUGUUACCUCCCCCGAGCCAGCCAUGGACGUGGACGUGGACGCCGACGCGGAUGGAGAAGGGGACGGAGACGGAGACGGAGAGCCCGAAACGGACGGUAAACCCUAUUCCUUGCGCCAGCGAGCAAAGAUCAACUAUGCCAUUCCGCCACCCAUCGAGGAGAUGCGAGCACCACCAAAGCCUCGCACCGGCGGAAUGAAGUCCCAUUCCCGUUCAAAUCGGCCUAAAGCUCCUGGCUGGAGUGCUACGGGAGCGGAACUCAGUCGGUGGAUGGGUGCGCCUGCGGAUGAUUCGGACUCGGACAAUCCCACUCGAACACCUCGCAAACAAGGGGGAGGACUUGGCGGUACUGCUGGAAACAUGUUUGCAGGAGGUGUCGGUACGGGUGGAUUCUUGCCUGGCGACCUUGCAGCUGCGGCCGGUACGCCUUCAAAUCUUGGUAAAGUCAACGACGCUGCUUUGGCGGACGCCGAUCCUCUUGGUGUCAAUCAAAAUGUUACAUUCGACGAGGUCGGAGGCUUGGAUGACCAUAUCAACUCUCUGAAGGAGAUGACACUACUGCCGCUCUUGUAUCCUGAAGUCUUCCAACGUUUCAACCUCACACCACCCAGGGGAGUCUUGUUCCAUGGACCACCAGGGACUGGUAAGACGCUUCUGGCUCGUGCGCUCGCUGCCAGCUGUCGCUCGAAUGGCAAAGGCAUCUCCUUCUUCAUGCGCAAGGGUGCCGACUGUCUGUCGAAGUGGGUCGGAGAAGCUGAACGUCAACUUCGUCUACUCUUCGAGGAGGCCCGCAACCAGCAACCGAGUAUCAUCUUCUUCGACGAGAUCGAUGGUCUCGCUCCUGUCCGGUCGUCAAAGCAAGACCAGAUUCACGCUUCUAUCGUGUCGACACUCUUGGCGCUCAUGGACGGGAUGGACGGCCGCGGCCAAGUCGUCGUUAUCGGCGCGACCAACCGGCCCGACGCAGUCGACCCCGCGCUGCGACGUCCUGGUCGGUUCGACAGGGAGUUCUACUUCCCCCUACCCGGCCUCGAUGCGAGGGAGAAGAUUGUCCGUAUCAUGACGCAGAAGUGGGCGGGAUGGGACGGCGAGAAGGGCGUGGAGAAUGCGAAGGGUCUGGCGAAGUUGACGAAGGGAUAUGGUGGUGCUGACAUGCGGGCGUUGUGCACGGAAGCCGCCCUCAACGCCGUCCAACGUCGGUAUCCCCAAAUCUAUAAGUCGAACGAUCGCCUGCUGCUCAAGCCGGAAACUAUCGAGGUUGAGUUGAGGGAUUUCAUGAUCGCCAUCAAGAAACUUGUCCCUUCUUCUGCGCGCUCUGUGUCCUCUGCUGCAUCACCCCUUCCCACUCAACUCGAAGCCAUCCUCCGGGAGCCUCUUGAGAAGAUGAAGGAGGUCAUCAGCAAGGUACUUCCCACCAGCAAAAAGCGCACUGCCCUUGAGGAAGCCGAAUGGGAAGACGAGGGUUCCGAGGGCGCACUUGAGCGCGAGGUCAUGAUGCAGUCCAUGGAGACGCUCCGGAUAUACCGGCCAAGAGUGGUGCUCCACGGGCCCGUGGGCAUGGGCCACGGAUAUGUCGCUGCCGCUGCUCUCCACCACCUCGAAGGCUACCAUAUUCAAAGUCUGGAUCUCGGCUCUCUCCUCAGCGACGCAACACGAUCGCCAGAAGCCGCCAUCGUCCAGCUCUUCGUCGAAGCAAAACGCCACCAACCCUCGGUCGUCUACAUCCCCUCGCUCAUUGGGUGGUGUUCGGCGGUGACUGAAACCGCGCGGACGACAGUGCGUGCGAUGCUGGACACCCUGGCUCCUACGGACCCUGUGCUGCUGCUCGCCGUCGUCGACGGUGCUUUCACCGACCUUCCCCGCGACGUUCGCCAGUGGUUUGGGUCCACUCGGGAGAACCGUGUCGCCCUUGUGGCGCCCACGGCAUCUCAAAGAGAGGUAUUCUUCGAGGGUCUCAUGCAGGACGUACGUCGACCGCCAAAUCACUUCCCGGAUGGUAUACAGCGCAAAAAGCGGGUGCUUGAAGUUCUCCCCAUCGCUCCUCCUUUGGAACCUCGUCAGCCCUCGCAACAAGAACUAGCUGUACAAGAGGCAGCCGAUCAGCGCGUGGUCACGCUGCUGAAGUACCGCCUUGGUCCCAUCCUCAGCGAACUCAAGCGGAAGUUCAAGCGAUUCACCAAGCGAGCUGCGGAGGAGUACAACUACGACUUCAGCGCGCCGCCGCCGCCACAAAUCCAUGUGAUCUCCACCGCCGUCCAGGUGCACACAGGGCCCAACGGCGUCGCAGAGGUCGUCAAUGAAACACGGAUGGAAGACGUUGUCGAGAUCGUGCCGGAAGAGCCUCAGAUGCAGGUUCAAGAGCAACUCGUCCAGGACCCUCCCCUCUUCGAUAUGGAUCUCGAGCGCAUGAACGUGGAGCUGUACAAGGGGCGCUACCUUACCCCCGAAGACCUUCUGGACGACAUUCGGAAGAUCGUCCACAAUGCCGGCGUCCGUCAUAACGAGGACCCCGAGCGCCUCUUCCGCGCCCAAGCCAUGCUCACUGCUGCAGAGGUCAGCGUCCAGGACUUCGACCCCCAGUUCCGGAUGGAGUGCCAGAGGAUGGCGGCACGUGAGCGCAAGCGGCGAGAGGACUUCCGGAAGGAGAAGGAGAAGGGGCGCGCUGAACAGGAGGAGCAGCAAGCAGCGGCGAAUGGAACGUACGCGCCGGGCACGCGCCGGAGCGCACGGAACAACGGCAAGGAGCCCGAGAUGGGCAUCCAAGACGUCGGUAUGCUCGAGCGCAAGCUGAAGCGACAGCGGUCGAACGGUGCGGAGGCGACUCCGUCCGAAGACGAGAACGGGGAGCGAGUAUCGAAGAAGGUCCGCACGGACGGCGAGGGUUCGGUGGACGGCGAGCGGACCCAGCCCGCGGACGCGCCGCUCUCCCCCGCAGCAAACGGGGGGCGUUCGAGCGUGCGCUUCGCCGAUGAAGUGCAGCUCGCGCCUACCUCGUCCUCGCCGAAGCUCAACGGGAUCCCGGAGGACCAGGAGCAGCCGUCGUCGGAGCCAGAGCCUCGCACGGGCGGCUUCGAUCCCGCGCUGCUCAAUCCCGCGUCGCCCGUGACGGACCUCCAGCACGGCAUGCCCACCGACCCUCCAGACAACCCCUUCUCCGUGUACGCGCGACAGGCGACGGAACAGCCGGAGCAGCAGCCUAGUAGCGACCCCCAGCCGUCGGAGCCUCACCCCGCUCCCGAUAGCGACCAACUCAUGGACACGCAAGCCACCGAGCCCGUCGAGUCUCAGCCAGAGCAGCCGAUGGAGGUCGAGGUUGAGCGCGAGCCCACGCCUCUGCCCGACUUCUACCUCGACGAAGCGGCGCUCCAGGGCUUGAAGACCUACCUCCGGGAUGCGACGGCUUCGCUGAACGUGGAGCAGCUGGAACAGCUGCGUGCGACGUGUCUGGGGUUGGUGUGGCGGCACCGGCAGGACUGGGACCGGGAGGUGCUGUUGAGGGAGUUGAAGGCGGAAGCUCAGACGUUUGUCGAGGAGGUCGCGUUGGACGACAUGGACGCGUCGUCGCCGUGA